CCACCUGGCUUAGUUGGUGGUUGGGGCUGUGUGCCUGGACCCUGUGGAUGGGGGUGGAUGUAGACAAAGGCAAGCUUGCCUUCAAGGCCUCUGAGGAAAGCUGCCAGACAGAGGCUACUCCCAUGGCACCUCCAAGUGAGGAGACACCCCUGAUCUCUCAGCGCUCCUGUAGCCUCUCAUCUUCAGAGGCUGGUGCCCUCCAUGUGCUGCUGCCCCCUCGGGGCCCUGGACCCCCACAGCGCCUAUCCUUCUCUUUUGGGGACCACUCGGCUGAAGAGCUGUGUGUCUGGGCUGCUAAGGCCAGUGGCAUCCUGCCCGUGUACCACUCCCUCUUUGCUCUGGCCACGGAGGACCUGUCCUGCUGGUUCCCCCCAAGCCACAUCUUCUCCGUGGAGGACAUGGGUACCCAGGUUCUUGUCUACAGGCUUCGCUUUUGCUUCCCCAACUGGUUUGGGCUAGAGAAGUGCCACCGCUUUGGACUACGAAAGGACUUGGCCAGUGCCAUCCUUGACUUGCCAGUCCUGGAGCACCUCUUUGCCCAGCACCGCAACGACCUGGUGAGCGGCCGCUUCCCCGUGGGCCUCGGCCUCAAGGAGCAGGGUGAAUGUCUCAGCCUGGCCGUGCUGGACUUGGCCCGGAUGGCCCGUGAGCAGCCCCAGCGGCCCGAGAAGCUGCUGAAGACCGUCAGCUACAAGGUCUGCUUGCCCCCCGGCCUUCGAGACCUGAUCCAGGGCCUGAGUUUCGUGACGCGGAAGCGUAUCCGGAGGACCGUGGGCCGGGCCCUGCGCCGCGUGGCCGCCUGCCAGGCUGACAGGCACUCGCUCAUGGCCAAGUACAUCAUGGACCUGGAGAGGCUGGAACCGGCCAGGGCCGCCGAGACCUUCGUCGUGGGCCUCCCCGGGGCUGGUGGAGGUCAGGGUGCACCCGGGCUGCUCCGCGUGGAUGGUGGCAGCGGCGUGGCUUGGAGUCCAGGAGGACAGGAGGUCCUUCAACCCUUCUGCGACUUUCCAGAAAUCGUGGAUAUCAGCAUCAAGCAGGCCCUGCGCGCUGGCCCUGCCGGGGAGCACCGACUAGUCACCAUCACCAGGACAGACAACCAGAUUCUGGAGGCCGAGUUCCCGGGGCUGCCCGCGGCCUUGUCUUUCGUGGCGCUGGUGGACGGCUACUUCCGACUGACCACCGACUCCCGGCACUACUUCUGCAAGGAGGUCGCCCCACCACGGCUGCUGGAGGAGGUGGUGGAACAGUGCCACGGCCCCAUCACCCUGGAUUUUGCCAUCAACAAGCUCAAGACUGGGGGCUCACUUCCCGGCUCCUAUGUUCUCCGCCGUAGCCCCCAGGAUUUUGACAGUUUCCUGCUCACUGUCUGUGUCCAGACCCCUCUAGGCCCUGAUUACAAGGGCUGCCUCAUCCAGCGCGACCCCUCAGGAACCUUCUCCCUGGCUGGCCUUGGCCGUCCCCACAGCAGUCUUCGAGAGCUCCUGACAGCCUGCUGGGAUGGUGGGCUGCAUGUGGAUGGGGUUGCACUGAACCUCACCUUCUGCUGCACUCCCAGACCCAAAGAAAAGUCCAACCUGAUUGUGGUCCGGAGGGGUUGCAGCUUGCCCACAUCAUCCCCUGUUCAGCCCCAAUCCCAAUGCCAGCUGAGUCAGAUGACAUUUCACAAGAUCCCCACCGACAGCCUGGAGUGGUAUGAGAACCUGGGACAUGGAUCCUUCACCAAGAUUUACCGGGGCUGUCGCCAUGAGGCCGUGGAUGGAGAAGCCUGGGAGACAGAGGUGCUGCUCAAAGUGAUGGAUGCCAAGCAUAAAAACUGCAUGGAGUCAUUCCUGGAAGCAGCAAGCUUGAUGAGCCAAGUGUCAUACCAACAUCUUGUGCUGCUCCACGGCGUGUGCAUGGCUGGAGACAGCAUCAUGGUGCAGGAAUUUGUGUGUCUGGGAGCGCUAGACACAUAUCUGCGCAAGUGUGGCCAUCUGGUAUCAGCCACCUGGAAGCUGCAGGUGAUCAAACAGCUGGCCUAUGCCCUCAACUAUUUGGAAGACAAAGGUCUCCCCCAUGGCAAUGUAUCAGCCCGGAAGGUGCUCCUGGCUCGGGAGGGGGCUGAUGGGAACCCACCUUUCAUCAAACUUAGUGACCCUGGGGUCAGCCCCACUGUGCUAAGCCUGGAAAUGCUCACUGACAGGAUCCCUUGGGUGGCCCCCGAGUGUCUUCAUGAGGCCCGGACACUUGGCUUGGAAGCUGACAAGUGGGGCUUUGGUGCCACCGUCUGGGAGGUGUUCAGCGGUGUCACGAUGCCCAUCAGCACCCUGGACCCCGCUAAGAAGCUCCAGUUUUACGAGGAACGUCAACAGCUGCCUGCCCCCAAGUGGGUGGAGCUGGCCCUGCUCAUCGAACAAUGCAUGGCUUACGAGCCAGGCCAGAGGCCCUCCUUCCGCGCGGUCAUCCGGGACCUGAACAGCCUCAUCACAUCAGAUUAUGAGCUCCUCUCUGACCCCACACCUGGUGCCCUGGCGCCCCGUGAUGGGCUGUGGAAUGGUGCCCAGCUCUAUGCCUGCCAGGACCCUACCAUCUUUGAGGAGAGACACCUCAAGUACAUCUCACAGCUGGGCAAGGGCAACUUUGGUAGCGUAGAACUGUGCCGCUAUGACCCACUGGGCGACAACACAGGCGCCCUGGUGGCCGUGAAGCAGCUGCAGCACAGUGGGCCAGACCAGCAGAGGGAUUUCCAGCGCGAGAUCCACAUCCUCAAGGCUCUCCACAGUGACUUCAUUGUCAAGUACCGCGGAGUCAGCUACGGCCCAGGCCGCCAGAGCUUGCGGCUGGUCAUGGAGUACCUGCCCUGCGGCUGUUUGCGAGACUUCCUGCAGCGGCACCGCGCGCGCCUGAACGCCGGCCGUCUGCUUCUCUACGCCUCCCAGAUCUGCAAGGGCAUGGAGUACCUGGGCUCCCGUCGCUGCGUGCACCGCGACCUGGCAGCGCGUAACCUCCUGGUGGAGAGUGAGACGCACGUCAAAAUCGCCGACUUCGGCCUCGCCAAGCUGCUGCCGCUGGACAAAGACUACUAUGUGGUUCGAGAGCCGGGCCAGAGCCCCAUCUUCUGGUACGCCCCGGAGUCCCUCUCGGACAAUAUUUUCUCGCGCCAGUCGGAUGUCUGGAGCUUCGGGGUCGUCCUGUACGAGCUCUUCACUUACGGCGACAAGAGCUGCAGCCCCUCCGCCGAGUUCCUGCGCAUGAUGGGCUGUGACCGAGACGUCCCUGCUCUCUGCCGCCUCCUGGAGCUGCUGGCUGAGGGCUUGAGACUGCCGGCGCCUCCUGCCUGCCCUGCUGAGGUUCAUGAGCUCAUGAAGCUGUGCUGGGCCCCUAGCCCACAAGACCGGCCUCCAUUUAGCACCCUGGGACCCCAGCUGGAUGCACUGUGGAGUGGAAGCCAGGGGUAGCAUCUGGAGGCUCAAGAAUCAUGCCUUCCCUUCUUGUCUGGAAGGAAAAACUUACUGUCCUUUUUAUAUCUCCUACACACAGACCUGUGGGUUCUGGUCUGCAUGAAUUGGCUGUGUGACCUUGGGCAGAGAACUGUACCUCUCUGGGCCUCCUGCUUCACAGAGACCCCUAUGGGGCAAAUGGCACUGCAUUUUGGGAGGCACCCCUGGCUUGUGGAGCAGCAGCAGCUUGGUGGCCGUUGGAAUCGUAAAGAUUCAAGACUGACACUUCAGUGAGGCCCACUGAGCCCUGCCCAGCAGAACUGAGGGACCAGAUUUCAGCCCCUCCCAUCGUGCCCAUCCUCUUAGGGCGUGGUCCUGAGUUUCCUGUCUCACCUCCAGUGGGGAUGCUAAGUAGGUUUAAAUAUAUGUAUAAUCUUGGGCUUCUAUUCCUUAUCCCUCUUUUGCUGGGGGAAGCCAAGGACUUAGAGCAGCUGCCCCGGUUGGAAAUUCCCUUUUUGGGGAAGCCUGUGCAGCUGUUUGGGAAUGAGCAAGGGACCAGGAGAGGCGGGGGUCUCAGGUCUCCCUAACUACCUGAGUGUCCCAGGACUUCAGUUUCACCCCCUGCACAUGGGGGACCUUUCUGACCUGAGGGGAGGUCGUGCAAUUACAGACACUGGAACAUCGCAGGAGCUUUUCAGCAGCUGAGGGAAGGAAAGGCAGUUUUGGCAGAGGGAAAGAUAUGGCAAGAGCGAGGCUCAGAGUCCAGAGCUUAAGCGCCAGAGAUGUUCUCCCACUUACGUGCCGUGUGACUGUGGGCAAGUCGGCUUCCCUCUCUGAGUGUCAGUUCCAUCUCCUAUGCAAGGAGCAGAUUAAUAGUGAUGGGCCCUCAGUUGUGCAGAGUCGACUCCUACAGGCUUGUGAGAAGGUGUCUGAUGCAGGUUAAGCCCUUCCCACUCACCUGCCUGCAAGUCUUUUCUGUCACUAUUGUCUCCCAGGAAAACUCUCAUUCAUCUCUCAAAACCCUAGCUAUCAUCUCCCUGCAGGCUUCCCUGGUGUGCUUCCAUCACUCACUGUACUUCUCUCUGACCCUAGGACUGGGGUGGUGUCUGUGUCCAGCUCUGUCUCCUCUGACCUGGAGGAUCCUUGGUGGCUGGGCUGGGGUGGGCACAGAGGGGACUCUGGGACUAUUCAUUGAAUGAAUAAAUGAGUUCAGUGGAAAA